GUGUGUGCCUGCCUGUGUGACUGAGAGAGAGUUUAAAGCAGGUUGUCAGGCGGAGGCGUCCGCAUCCAGGGAGACGUUAGAGAGAAAAGACUAAGAAACCAAGGAGUGAGAACGCGAAUUAGGCAACGGUAUAGUACGUGAAAAUAAUAAGAGAGCAGACUUCGAGAACGACAGACAGCUGUCAGAGAGAGAGAGAGAGAGAGAGAGAACAAGCCGUGGGGGAUAGCCCUGGUGAGGGCGAGCUUGUUAGCCUGGGUCGCGGAUUGAAACAUGAAUAAAAGCCACCGAGUGCCGAGCAGCAGGGCUCUGUGCGCUGUGGAGGUGAAGAGCAAGUUUGGCGCAGAAUUCCGACGGUUUUCUCUGGAACGAUCGAAACCUGGGAAAUUUGAUGAGUUCUAUGGAUUACUUCAACAUGUGCACAGAAUCCCUAACGUGGAGGUGUUGGUUGGAUAUGCAGACAUUCAUGGGGACUUGCUACCAAUAAACAACGAUGAUAAUUACCACAAAGCAAUAUCAACAGCCAUCCCUCUUCUUCGGAUAUUUUUACAGCGGAAAGAGGAGGCUGACUAUUCUGCGUUCAACACAGACUCGUUGAAGAGGAAGAAGAAUGUCCUCUCCACUGUGCUCCGUGCCGACAACAAUCGAAAGAAACCUCCCCUCCUGAUCAGCCUGCCGCGGGAUUUCCGCCCGGUCUCUUCCAUCAUCGACGUGGACAUACUCCCGGAGACUCAUCGGCGGGUCCGACUCUACAAACAUGGUUCGGAAAAACCCCUCGGCUUCUACAUCCGGGAUGGAUCCAGUGUCCGGGUCACCCCGCAGGGACUGGAGAAAGUCCCAGGGAUAUUCAUCUCCCGCAUGGUGCCGGGAGGCCUGGCUGAUGGCACGGGCUUGUUAGCGGUCAAUGAUGAAGUUCUGGAAGUGAACGGAAUCGAGGUGUCGGGGAAGAGCCUCGACCAGGUCACAGAUAUGAUGAUUGCAAACAGCCACAACCUCAUUGUCACAGUGAAGCCUGCCAAUCAGAGGAACAAUGUGGUCAGACACAGUCGGACUUCUGGUAGCUCGGGCCAGUCUUCGGACAGCAGCACGAGCCACUACGCCUACACGGUGACCCCACACAUUAUCCAGAACUUCCACCCCGAGGAGGCGGAGAGCGAUGAGGACAACGACAUCGUCAUCGAGGGGAGUGGCAAGCCCCAGCAGAUCCCCAAAGCCUCCUCCGCCAGCGCCAGCUUGGGCUCUCUGACACAUUUUGAGCCCCAUUCCGGGUCCAAGCAGAAUGGCUUCGUAGCCUCCACCAGCAGUGCAGGCUCGCUCACGACAGCAGGAGAGAUUCAGGACCGAGAGUCAGAAAGAAGGAUGAGUACAGAACGAGCGAAUGUAGAAGAAGAAGGAACGGUGAUCACACUAUAGACAGCAGCCUGCACUUAAGUCGAAGGUACUGGAGGUGCCAUGUUAUUAGUCAGUGCCUCUGCAUUGAUCUGACAUGCAACGUGUAGCCACUUUUUUACACCGUGGUUACUUGCGCUUGUGAAUGGAGGAGCAAUGGUAGUACUGGAUAUAACAGUCAG